CCAAUUCCCUAAUCAGGAAGGAGAAGCUGCAAGAGAAGGUCUUCAGGCUCUGAGACGGUGGAGUGUUGGGUAAAGGCUUCCUAAGACAACAGAACCUUGGCUAGCUUUGGCCACAGACAGCUUCACUGGGGGCCUGCCCCCUUACCCUCAGUGUAGACAUGACCAGUACCUAUCAUCACUGUUGGAUGCAUCCGGGUUUGGAGUCAGCUGGCAGCAAAGAAGUCCAGUGGGCAAUGUGGCAGUGCCACGUCCUGGUGGCCAUGAGGAGCCUUGUUUAAAUCCAAUGCUCACACCAUUUCCAACUGUCCCAGAUGAAUUCAUAUAAUGUCCUUCUCUCAGACUUCACAAGGCUUCCUUCCUGAUGGGUUCCUGAAGCUCCCACCAGUGGCUCAGGCUACGCCCCGUGAAAGCACUCCCCGCGUGGCCUCCAGCCCGUGCAGCCGUUGCGUCUCCGAACCUGCUUCUGCAAUGGGUAAUGAGGAGCUGUGGGUCCAGUCAGUCUUGGAGAUGCCGAAGAGAAGAGACAUCCUGGCUAUCGUGCUGAUAGUUCUGCCCUGGACGCUGUUAAUCACCGUCUGGCACCAGAGCACCAUUGCUCCGCUGCUUGCAGUGCACAAGGAUGAGGGUGGCGACUCCAGGCGUGAUCUGGCCCAAGGCUCGGACUCCAAGGAGUACUGCCUGUCAGACCGCGACAUUGUGGAGGUGGUGAGGACAGAGUACGUUUACACCCGCCCGCCCCCAUGGUCGGACACCCUCCCUACCAUCCACAUCAUCACCCCCACCUACAGUCGGCCGGUGCAAAAGGCGGAACUGACGCGUCUGGCCAACACCCUCUUGCAUGUGCCCAACCUGCACUGGAUCCUGGUGGAGGACUCUCAGAGGCGCACCCCUCUCGUCACCCGGCUGCUGCGGGACACGGGGCUGAACUACACCCACCUCAAUGUGGAGACGCCCCGCAACUACAAGCUGCGGGGAGACAUGAGGGACCCCAGGAUCCCCCGCGGGACCAUGCAGAGGAACCUGGCCCUGCGGUGGCUGAGAGAGACCUUUAACAAAAACAGCAGCCAACCUGGGAUUGUUUACUUCGCUGACGACGAUAACACCUACAGCCUGGAGCUCUUCGAGGAGAUGCGUACCACCAGGAAGGUAUCGGUGUGGCCGGUGGCCUUUGUGGGCGGCUUGCGCUACGAGUCACCCAAGGUGAAUGCAGCGGGGAAGGUGUAUGGCUGGAAGACUGUUUUCGACCCCCACCGCCCGUUUGCCAUCGACAUGGCGGGCUUUGCUGUGAACCUCAGGCUGAUACUCCAGCGAUCUCAGGCUUACUUCAAACUGCGAGGAGUGAAGGGUGGCUACCAAGAGAGCAGCCUUCUCCGGGAACUAGUGACCUUGAAUGACCUUGAGCCGAAAGCUGCCAAUUGCACUAAGAUUCUAGUCUGGCACACAAGGACGGAAAAACCCGUGCUGGUGAACGAGGGAAAGAAAGGCUUCACAGAUCCCAACGUGGAAAUCUGAUGCUGCAUGGCUGAGCGGAGAUCAAACAGAAGAUUGUCUCAUCCUGCAGGCUCCUCUCUACAGCAGCCGCCAGGACGGCUCCUGACUUCCAAGUGUUUUAAAUGUAAGAAAAACAAGCAAGUUCGAACAACAAACCAUACCUGCACUGCUCAGACUCUCCCAACCUUCCUCCUGGACUCUGAACAGAACCGGGCCCUCUGGAGACAGAGGAACAGCACAGACCUCACCUUCAGUACAAGGUGCACAGCCUGCAGGAUGCUUGGACUGGAAGGGGCACGAUGCACUUGGGAGGAGGCCCAGCUGGAGCUGGUUUCACAGGGUGUCAUAGCAAGGAUGAGAAGGACCACAAGGAGUUACACCUUGUGUCUGUGUGCAACAGCCUCAGCAGCUCUCUGGCUGUGGAGAGGACACCUUUGCCCUUAAUUUUGAACCUAGGUUAUUCAGUAUUUAUUACACUGCACAAGACUGGGUUUUGGGGAGGGAGAAAAGCAAGGCAGGUAAGAGCUAACCACCAAGUAUCUCUGCUCUUUCCAACUUGUUCCCCUUUCAUCAGCUCUAUGGCUUGGAGGGUGGUCUGACAUACCUCUGUGUAUUUGUAUUGAUUUGUUUACAGCACCUGUGACCAUGUUCACUGUCCAUGCUAACUAAUUGGAGAUGGGUCCUAAUCCUCCAUCUCAGGCCUAUCUCUAGUGCUAACCUGACUGAGACAAGCUUUAGGUGUCGGGCUCCCUGAAGUGCGCACCUACCUCAAGAAGCGUUUUUUUAACAAUAUGGGAGGGAACCACUCAGCAUUUCACUGAAUGCUGCUGUUGUCUCCAACUCCUACCCUAGGUCUAAUUUCCACUGAUUCCUUCUUUACAGUGAUCACUCAGCAACAAACAGACCCACUUCCAUCUAUUACUCCCCACCUUCUUGAGUACAUUUAGUGUUGAUAUGUCCCAUUUCAAAGCCACAUCAUGCUACCAAUAAAAAGCCACUGGAGCAGUUCCAUACCUGCUAUUACUGGUGUGCUCUAUAGCUCCCCCGACAGUGUCUCACUGUUACUCCAACACCUGACUCCACAAAGGGUGGAUUGAAAAGAAAUAAUGUGAACAAAAUAACCUUAACCCAAACAACUUCAAAUACCUGAAACCAUUGUGGUGCAAAGCUUCUUCCUGCAGGAGAGAGGUACUUGGGUGGGGUUUUUUUGACUGUUCUGUGUAAGGUGGUGAAGCACAGUCUCUAUGGUGAUGCUGACACACAAAAGGAAGUUAAAUCAGUUCCUGUCCACCCCCCUUUAAAAAUGGUUUUCCUAGAUUGCUGCUUAGGUCUGGUAAGACUAAAAAAAUCUAAUCAAUCUCCCAUUCCUUUGGAAAAGUCUGAAGCACAAUUUUACAUGUGAAUUAAGGGAAAAAUGUAAUUCUGUAAAGAGACUCACUUAUUUUUUUAACCCUUAACAGUAUAAAAAAAAUACAUGUAGAAUAUUUCUUGCAGAGUAUUAGCUUCAGUGGGCAGAAAUCACUCAUUGGACUAAUGCCAAAUCUAUAUUUCCUAAUAUUUAAAAAAAAAUUGUUUGUAUUUAUCAAAACAAUCACUGGGGAAAAAAGUUACCUUCUUUAGCUGAUAAGGUUCUUUAGUUUCCAAUCAUGGAAGCCUUGCUACAUAGCUUCUGUGAAAACCUUCCUUUGUAUUCAAUGGCUGAAAUCCAAACUGGAUAGCAAUGAUUUUAUGCAACUGGUAUCCACUUGCAUUUUGGGAACAGCCAUUGUUAGCUCAUGUUAAACAGCGGUGCUCUGCAUCAAAGCAGGUUUAUUCCACUAUUAUACAAGCCUCCCAAGUGCAGCCCUCAGGCUGUGAACAAAGAGGUAUUUUCAAAAGGGAUACAAAGUUUUCAUGAUAUUCAAGUUGUUUUCAACUGAUGUCCUAGCUGCAUGUCUGUUUGUUUAUUCUAAUAACCCUGCUGGAUUGCAGCCUUCCAUUCUCUGUAGGGAAAAACUCCUGGUGAAAUGCAAAGGACUAAGUCCUACAGACAACCCUGCAAAUACAAAUAUGCUCCACUCUCCUCAGAAAGUCAGCUACAGGAGCCAGGCCUUUCCAGCUGGUGUGGUGGUUAUUGCCAGGAGAGCUGAGCUACAGAUGCUGCGGCGAGACAGGCACUGAUUGGGACGGAGGAUGGAGUGAUUUACAGCUGCGCUGUCUGUUCUCAGUUUUAAUUAAACUGUAUUUAAUUUGUUAAAUAAAAUUAAAUAUGGUUUUUAAUGGUUAAAA